AUGUAUCCACAUUGGUACUUGGUCAAAAGAGCAAAGUAGGACGCCACGUACACAUCAUGCAAAUCCUGGACAUGUUGUAGAUGAACAGGCUGACAUGACCCACAUAUACAGCAGUAUUUCGGCGGUGUUGCUUUAAAAAUCUUAUCAGGAACAACGUUUAAAGUUUUAAAGCGAGAAGAGGAGGAGGGAACAGAAGUGCUCCAAGUUUAGUGGACAGGAAAAAAGCAGCGUCUGCUAAACUGCACACUUGGGGCUUUUUCCUAUGCAGAGAAACAAUGAGUGAAGUGGAUAAGCAGCAAGAUGAUGUGCCUUCAUAUUUAAAGGAUGAACCUCCAGCAGAUACCAAUAAGGAUCAUCCCCAGCCUCAGCCAGGCAUGUUUUCCAGAGUAACCGGGGGGCUGUUCAGUGUCACCAAGGGGGCUGUUGGGGCCACUGUUGGUGGGGUGGCCUGGAUUGGAGGGAAGAGUUUGGAUCUCACUAAAACUGCUGUCACUUCUGUCGCUUCUGUUCCUGCUAUGGGAGUAGGUUUAGUAAAAGGGGGCGUGUCUGCUGUGGCAGGUGGAGUGACAGCAGUUGGCUCAGCAGUUGCUAGUAAAGUUCCCAUUGGAGGAGCCAAGAAGAAGGACAAGUCUGACUGAAGUGUUGGGGAGAUACUAUCAGUGACUAUUGCAUGACUCCUUAGUGGGUUGAUGGUUGGUUUCUUAUUCUGCAACACGAGUGCUGGGACCAAAUCCAUCUGCUAGAUCUGGUCUAUGAGAUGGUGACUUCAGUAUGCUGGGAGCUUCCUUCUGCUCCUCAGAAGAGGACCUCUGUUUUUGUGUGUCAUGAGUGAUAUCUGGUGGAAUAUGAGAGAGAGUGAAUAUUGCGUUCCAAGUAAUGCCAAUAAUGUUUUUCAUUUGUGAAGUAUUAGUUCUAGGAGAGGUUUGGAUAUCUGUGUGAGGGACCACAGUAACACUGGCGUCAUGUUCCGCCAAGCCACACAGCACAAAGCUUUGUGUAUCUGACAGCAAACACAAGGAAUUCACGUUCACUUGUACCAGAGCCUUACAGCCAAAUUAACACAAGCCAAGUGCUGGAUUAAGACAGACAUCAGUUGGGUGCCCCUCAAGGUACUGUACAAGAAAAUCAGAGACUGUAGGGAGGGUUGAUGGCACCGUUCCAUCUGUUGGAUUGAUUUUGUUUGUGAGAUUACUGCCUCUGGGGUCCAAGCUGAGCCAUGCCGCCCUCUCACACAGCUUUGCUCAUCACUCUCUCGCUCUGUCACCUGCAAUACAGAAAAACCCUGAGCCUGCACACAUACACAGGCAAAUGUGAAUGUGUCUACUAUGCAGCAAAACAGCUAAAAUGGUUACUUUUUUCUCUGCAAAAAUCUGAAUGCUGGUAGCAGUCUUUCUUAAGAAAAAUAGUUUGAGAUGGUUUUUCUUUGGAAUUGAAAGCUGUGAGUUAAAAGAGCUGUGAGUUAAAAGAUAACGUUAGAAAAACAAUGGAUCAUUUGUGUACUCUACCCUUGGAGUAAAGGUUGAUUUGUUUGACUAUACCAGAGUUUCUUUUUCUUGCAAAAAAUGUUUCUAGGGGCCUUCCAUCUUUCGUCUCAUUCAUUUCACAGUUUAGACAUUUUCACAAGGCAAUACCGAAUCACGUUUUUAUAUUUUGGUAAAGUAUGAAUGGGCACAGGCAGUAUUUUUCUCCAGUGUGUGUUAAAUAUCUUUAUUUUGCUGCAACCAAAGAGUGCAAAUAGUGUGAAACCCUUUCUCAAAUGCAUUAAUAUUGACCCUUUUGUAUUAUAAACAAUAUAUUCUCUCACUUGUUUUUACCAGUAUAUGUUUAUUCUUUUUACACACAAAUAUGUAAGUCUGUACUUGAACAUGUGAUGUGAAUUCAAUAAAUGAAUAAUAUUCAACAGUG